GCGGCGUUCCCGUUUGGCUGUCUCCCACCUCGCCAUCUCUCAAAACGCAUUCUCGAAGCUCAGCCCAAAAGUGAGAGGCAAAGACGGCUUUCUCUCUCCUAUCUAAUCGUUUGUAGAGAGUGCCAGACGUAAUAGGGCGUUCCCUCUCUUUAUAUAUAUAUUUUUUAGGAUUUUUUUGUUCUCUUUUCUCCAUUUCUAGGGUUGUCUUCUCUGAUUUUCUGAAUCAUGAGUGUCUGGAACUAUGUCGUGACUGCUCACAAGCCCACAAAUGUGACACAUUCUUGUGUGGGAAACUUCACUAGUCCUCAGGAACUCAACCUAAUCAUAGCGAAAUGCACACGCAUUGAAAUUCAUCUUCUUACUCCACAGGGUUUACAGCCUAUGUUGGAUGUUCCAAUAUAUGGAAGGAUAGCAACACUUGAACUCUUUCGCCCACAUGGUGAAGCUCAAGAUUUUUUAUUCAUUGCAACAGAAAGAUACAAAUUUUGUGUCCUUCAAUGGGAUGCUGAUGCAUCUGAGCUCAUCACAAGGGCAAUGGGAGAUGUCUCUGAUCGAAUAGGCCGUCCUACUGACUAUGGACAGAUUGGCAUUAUUGAUCCUGAUUGUCGACUAAUUGGCCUUCAUCUUUACGAUGGCUUAUUUAAGGUUAUACCUUUUGAUAACAAAGGCCAACUCAAGGAAGCCUUCAAUAUUAGACUAGAAGAGCUUCAAGUUUUGGAUAUCAAAUUUCUCUACGGCUGUGCAAGGCCUACAAUUGUUGUCCUUUAUCAGGAUAAUAAAGAUGCUCGGCAUGUUAAAACUUAUGAAGUUGUUAUUAAGGAUAAGGAUUUUGUUGAGGGUCCAUGGUCCCAGAAUAAUCUUGAUAAUGGCGCUGGUCUGUUGAUACCUGUUCCCAUGCCUCUGGGUGGUGUUAUCAUUAUUGGAGAGCAGACCAUAGUCUAUUGCAGUGCGUCUGUAUUUAAAGCUAUCCCAAUCAGACCAUCUAUCACAAGAGCCUACGGGAGAGUUGAUGCCGAUGGUUCCCGGUAUCUGCUUAGUGAUCAUGCUGGACUGUUGCAUUUGCUUGUUAUCAUCCAUGAAAAAGAAAGGGUUACUGGGCUCAAAUCGGAGCUUUUGGGUGAGACAUCUGUUGCCUCCACAAUAUCCUAUCUUGACAAUGCUUUUGUAUACGUUGGUUCUAGCUAUGGGGAUUCUCAGCUUAUAAAGCUUAAUUUGCAACCUGAUGCAAAAGGUUCGUAUGUGGAAGUUCUUGAAAGGUAUGUAAAUUUGGGGCCUAUUGUGGAUUUCUGUGUUGUGGAUCUCGAGAGGCAAGGGCAAGGCCAGGUUGUGACCUGCUCUGGAGCAUUUAAGGAUGGAUCUCUCCGAGUUGUCCGGAAUGGCAUAGGGAUCAAUGAGCAGGCAUCAGUGGAACUCCAUGGCAUAAAAGGAAUGUGGUCAUUACGAUCUGCAACUGACGAUCCCUAUGAUACCUUCUUGGUUGUCAGCUUUAUCAGUGAGACUCGUAUUCUUGCAAUGAAUACAGAUGAUGAGUUAGAAGAAACAGAGAUUGAAGGAUUUCAUUCUCAAGCACAAACUUUAUUCUGUCAGAAUGCCGUACACAAUCAACUUAUUCAGGUGACUGCUCAAUCUGUACGGUUGGUAAGUUGUUCUUCUAGGGAACUGCUGAAUGAAUGGAAAGCUCCAUCAGGAUUUUCUGUAAAUGUUGCUACAGCUAAUGCCUCGCAGGUACUGUUGGCCACUGGUGGUGGUCACUUAGUUUACCUGGAAGUUGGGGUGGGAAUCCUAACUGAGGUGAAACAUAUACAACUGGAGUAUGAAAUAUCUUGCCUGGACAUAAAUCCUAUUGGUGAAGAUUCCAAGUUUAGUAAACUGGCAGCAGUUGGAAUGUGGACGGAUAAUAGUGUUAGGAUAUUUUCUCUUCCUGGACUCGAUCUGAUUGUAAAAGAGCUUCUCGGUGGAGAGAUCAUCCCUCGCUCUGUACUCCUAUGUGCCUUUGAAGGGGUAUCUUAUUUGCUGUGUGCCCUUGGGGAUGGGCAUUUAUUCAAUUUUUUAUUGAACGUGAAUACUGGUGAAUUGUCUGAUAGGAAGAAGAUUUCGCUUGGGACACAACCUAUCACACUCCGCACUUUCUCGUCCAAAAAUACUACACAUGUGUUUGCCGCAUCAGAUAGACCAACUGUCAUCUACAGCAGUAAUAAGAAAUUACUUUACAGCAAUGUAAAUUUGAAAGAAGUCAAUCAUAUGUGUCCUUUCAAUUCUGCUGCUUUCCCUGACAGCCUUGCUAUUGCAAAAGAAGGUGAACUCACUAUUGGUUCUAUCGAUGAUAUCCAAAAGCUUCAUAUUCGUGCCAUACCACUGGGAGAGCAUGCCCGCCGCAUCUGUCACCAAGAACAAAAUCGGGCUUUUGCUACCUGCAAUGUGAAGUAUUCUCAGUCGAAUAUGGAUGAGUCCGAGAUGCACUUUAUACGUCUAUAUGAUGACCAGACUUUUGAAAUCUUAUCAUCCUAUCAGCUUGAUACUUACGAAAAUGGCUGCUCUAUUCUUAGUUGUUCCUUUACAGAUGAUAGCAAUGCUUAUAUCUGUGUUGGGACUGCAUAUGUUUUGCCUGAAGAGAAUGAACCCAGCAAGGGUCGGAUACUUGUUUUUGUGGUGGAAGAUGGGAAGUUAAUGCUGGUAGCAGAGAAAGAAACUAAAGGGGCAGUGUAUAGUUUAAAUGCCUUCAAUGGGAAAUUAUUGGCAGCCAUCAACCAAAAGAUACAGCUCUACAAAUGGAUGCUCAGAGAUGAUGGUUCACGUGAGCUGCAGUCGGAAUGUGGGCACCAUGGACAUAUACUUGCUCUCUAUGUUCAAACUCGUGGAGACUUCAUUGUAGUGGGUGACCUUAUGAAGUCUAUAUCCUUGUUGAUUUAUAAGCACGAGGAGGGUGCAAUCGAGGAGCGGGCCCGUGACUACAAUGCGAGCUGGAUGACAGCGGUUGAGAUACUUGAUGACGACACCUACCUUGGUGCUGAGAACAACUUUAACCUCUUUACUGUGCGCAAGAACAGCGAUGCUGCGACGGACGAGGAGCGUGGCCGCCUCGAGGUCAUAGGAGAAUAUCACCUUGGUGAGUUCGUUAACCGCUUCCGCCAUGGAUCCCUCGUCAUGCGACUUCCGGACUCCGAAUCCUCCCAAAUACCCACCGUCAUUUUUGGAACUGUUAAUGGCGCGAUCGGGAUUGUCGCCAGUCUUUCUCAGCACCAAUUCAAGUUUUUCGAGAAAUUGCAAGGUUGUCUUGUUAAGGUGAUCAAAGGAGUUGGGGGCCUGAGUCAUGAGCAGUGGCGCUCAUUUAACAAUGAGAAGAAGACAGCAGAUGCACGGGGGUUUCUUGAUGGGGACCUCAUUGAGUCGUUCCUCGAUUUGAGUAGGGCCAGAAUGGAGGAGAUAUCAACAGCCAUGAGAGUUCCUGUGGAGGAGCUAUGCAAGAGGGUCGAGGAAAUGACUAGAUUGCAUUGACAAAAGCGAGGUAGCAUUACAUUGUAUUCUCCCAUCUUAUGUAUUUUUGCUAGAUUUUCCUUUACUUUUUCUUGUUAUUUUGUCCUGUUC